AGUCAAAAAUGUAUUUGGCCAAAUUUAAACCGAAUAUAGGUUGACUUUUGCUUAUAUUUAAAACAAGACGGAGUAAUUAUUUACCAUACUUAGAGUUAGAGAAGUGGAAGUGUAAUAUAUGUUGUGAGGAAGCAUUAAUGAACUCAACUUAGAAAAUGGAACUGCAUCGGGAAAUAAAACAAGUGUAGCAUCAUCCACACCAAGGGAUACACAUUUUAACCAAUCUUCAUCUGCUCCAAAAGCUUUGUCCGAUAUUAAACCUCAGCCUAAGGAAGAUCUUCCGCCACCAUUACCCGAAAAUGUUAAACAGCAAGGUGAUUGCUUCGAAAUUUCUUCUUCAAAGAAGCUGCUGUGACUCGGUCAGACUCUCCAUUACCAGACGACUGCUUUGCUCAUAACAUGUCUUCUUCAUGCACUGAGCAGAGUUCAGAAGAGCAAGAAAAUAGUCAAGUAGAGCCUGAGUAACGAUGGGAAUCCUCCCCUGGAUUUGAUGUUCUUGUUCAUGAUGAAUCUGGGAACAACCUGGGUUAUGAGGGCGGUUCUGAAUAUUUGCCAGUGCUUGAUAUGGAUGACCAUGAACUGAAUGAGCAAUACUUGGGUUAUGAAUUUAAAAACACAAAUGAUUACGACACCAUGUGCUCAGGCGCUGAUAUUCUUUAUGAACGGAAAACAUAUGAUGAUUACAGACGUUUUGAUAGGGAUUUUACUAGUCCUAGUGAAAGGAAAGUUUGUGGUUAUCCCAGAGAGAUGGUCUUAGAUACUAUAUUUUCCAGGAAAAGUAUUCGAAUGUCCACUUCUGAGAUGGCUGCUUGUGAUUACUCUGACUUAGAUCUACGUCACCAUCUGAGAAGACACAGGGAGGUCAAUAGUCCUCCUGACACAGGUCUCUUAAGAAGACAUGAGUCGUCUUCUUUGAUGGUUCAAAACCGGGAAAGGCAUCAAAGGCAAGACAUUGGUCAGCGGCAAAAUAGAAGAUUAACAUCACAAGUAGGAUUUAGUUCAAUCAGAGAAGUUGAAGAUCUUUCAAUUGCCAACAAGCGAAGGUUAUUCAGGCCUUACCAGCAAAGUAGGCCAAGAAAGCACUAUAGAGAAAAACCAGCUAAAUGGCCAUUUCCAUCUUCUAAAGAAUCCAGGAAACCAAUUGUGAAGCAACAGAGAUCUAUUCAGAAAUCCAAUGCAUUUUCAGGGCCCAAGACUCUUGCAGAAAUAAAAGAAGAGAAGAAAAAGUCCGGUGAAAGUUCACAUUGUGAAAGCUCGUCAGCUGGUUUCCAGGAUCCCAAACCUCUGCAUGAAAUUCUCAAAGACAGGACCAUGGAUUGAGUGAGAGAUGGCAAUACCUGCAACAAUUGAAUCAUGAGAUUAAAAUGACUGAUGAUUCAGAAGACUAAUAUUUUUGCUGAAGAUAAUGAGAAUUUUUUUUGGCUUCAGCCGUUUUCUUUUCUUUUUUUUUUGGUUGAAAAUUGAGGUGCUUUCUAGCAUCCUUUAGUGUGCUGGACCUGGAUGACCCUAUCAUUGGUAUGGUUAGAUGGUGAAUAUGUUCUUGUUCGAGCGAGGUUAAGAAGAACUCUUAGAUAAGCAGUGUUUGAGUGAAAGAGGAUGUUUGCAGACAAGGUUGCAGCAACUGGGUAUUAUGUGGUUGUUCCUGAUUUCUUCAAUGGCGAUCCCUAUGAUCCUGAGAAUGUUGACAGACCUAUACUUGUUCGGAGUAAAGACCAUCAACCA